UUUUAAUAAAAGAUAUUAAAAAAUAUUAUUAAAAUGUAAUCUUACAAAAAGAUUCUUGAGAAUAUAUUUUUAAAUAUAUUAUUUGAAAAUAUUAAAAUAAUUGGUUAAAUAUGAUAUAUAUUUAAAUAAAUUAGUUGUAUGAGAAAUAAUAAAAAUUUAAAUAAAUGUAAUGGUACAACCUAGAUUAUUGCAAGUAGAUAAAAAGUUCUCCUAUCUAAUAGUAUUGAUACUUGAUUAAUAUUUUAAUAUUACAAUUUAAAUAUAUAUAUGGAAAUAUGAAAUUAUUUAUUAUUUAUUAUUUAUACAUCUUAUGUUAAUAUUUGUUUUAAUAUGUUGAAGUAUGUUGUAAAUUUCUUGAAUAUAUUUUAUUCUGUUAUUUUAUAAUUUAUAAAAUAGUUAUUAAAUGGAUUAAGUUACUUUAUAGUUAUUAAUUGAUGUAGUAAUUUAAUUAUAAAUAUAGAUUAUGCAUAUAUAAAUAUUAUAGAAAUGUCAUUUCUUAUUAUAUAAAUGAAAAAUGAAUUAAUAAUCUUUUUUUUAAUUUGAGUUGAUAUUAAUUAUGAUUUUUAUUAUUUAAAAGUAAAUAUUAAAAUGAUAUGCAUAUUUAACUUUAAUAAAAGAUAUUAUUAAAAUGUAAUCUUAGAAAAAGAUUCUUGAGAAUUUCCUUUUAGAUAUCUUAUUUUGAAAAUAUUAAAAUAAUUGGUUAAAUAUGAUAUAUAUUUAAGUAAUUUAGUUGUAUGAGAACUAAUAAAAAGUUAAAUAAUUGGUCCAACCUAUACUAUUUGCACGUAAAUAUAAAAUUUUCAUGGUUUAAUAGUACUGAUUCGAUUUACUUAAUUAUAGACAUUUUGAUAAUUUAACAAAUUGAAAUGAACCUUUAAAAUCACACAAAAAAAAUUAUGGACCUAUGGCAAAUGUUCAUGUUGCCAUGGGUAAGAGCCGGCACUGGGCUUAACCUAGUUCAAAUACGCAUUAGGCGAAACACCUGCGGCUACUCCAACCUAGCAAGUUAAUAGAAAAACAAGAUAAAAUCGAAGAAUGCGCGGAAUUUUUUGUUAGAUAUAUCUAAGUAUAAUAUACAUUAAAUAUAUAUUUACCUAUUUUGAUAAUCAAAUUGACGACAUACAAUGUCAGAAAACAACCGGUUUUUAUUGGUCACAUGGAUGCAGAACUUCCGAUUUAGUUUACAGAGUCAGUAUGAAUCUGUUUGAGUUAAUGAGGAAAAAAAAUGAUAAAAAUUGACCUAACAUACAGUUAGUUAAGGUGGACAUGCCUUUUCACUUUUUGUCUUUGAUUCCCAUAUAAGCACUUUUUUUUUUGCUUUUAUCUAAUAAAGGGCAAUAUCAUAAUUAGAUUUCAUCUUCUUCUUCCACUUUCCUACUUAACUUGACGCAUAUUUUUCAUUCCGUAACAUGAUUCAUCAUUUUUUAUAUAAUUUUCUUCGUUUCAGCUUCGUUUUCUCGUUACCAAUGACAAAAUAUUAUAGAACUAUGAUGUAAACACCGAUUACAAGCUUGAAACCGUCAAAAAAAUUUGUUGACUCUUGAGUGUUUGGCCGCAUAUAGUGCAACAACGAUUACACGACCCAAAAUCGUCCCUCCAUGGAUUGGUUUUAGAACAAGGUUUUUACCGAACUAGAGAAUAGGUUUUCUUUGUGUUAGAGGUUAAAUUUUCAGCCUAAAUAUAACAUUUGAUAGAUUACAAUCAAUAUUCCGAUAAAAUUAGACAUAAAUAUGACCAUACAAAAAGAUUGAAAAUGUUACUUGAAUAUUUUUCAGAUAAGUACAUCUGCAUGAAAAAAAAUCAGUAUGUUAUAUCUUACAAUAACUUAUUCUUUUCUAUAAAAAACUUAUUCAUUUUCUGAAUUAAUCUAGGAUUUAUGGAGCUUAAAUUACUUUUUAGAUAAGAGAAUCUUAAUGUUUAAUCUUAUGUUUUUUUCGUUUUUUCUAUAUUUAUUUUUAUAAUUGUUAUAUUUAAUCAAUAUUUAAUAAAAUUUUACGAAUACAAUGAUUUUAUAAUUUUGUUUUAACAAUUCUAUUCUACGAUGACCCGUGGUAAUCGAGGAAUCUUUUCCUUAUUCCUGUUAGUAAGACUUAUCUGUGUUUUGUUGUCUUUUCUUUUUAGUCUAACGAAUAUAUUUUUUUGUUUUCUCGGUUUGUUGUUGUUAAUAUUUUUGUGUCGUUUAGUCAUCUUCUUUUAAUUCAUUAUAAAUGUUAUAAAUUCUGUCAAAAUUUCAAAAUUUAAUGUAAAUUUAAUAUUUAACAAAUUUUAGUAUAAUAUUUACUAGUGUUAAAUCUUCUACUAUAACAUAUUUUAAAUAUAUUUCAAAUAAGUACAUCUAUAUGUAAUAAACUUAGUACAUUAUAUUUCACAAUAACUUUAUCUUCAUCUCCAUUAGUAUAAACAUACAAAAAUUAUACAAUGUUUAAUCAACAUUUUAAUAAAAUUUACAAGUGAAAUAUUUUUAUAAUAUUUAGGUUAAUUCUAUUCUACGAUGACCUAUGGUAAUCGAGGAAUCUUUUCCUUCUUUCGGUUAGUAAUAUUUAUGUGUGUUUUGUUUUCGUUCCUUUUUAGUCUAACGGCCGGAUAUAUACUUUUUCGGUUUGUUGUCGUUAUGUUGUCGUUAGUAUUUUGUGUCGUUUAGUCACUUCUUUUAAUUUAUUAUAGAUGUUAUAAAUUCUGUCAAAAAUUCAAAAUUUAAUGUUUAACAAAUUUUAGUAUAAAAUUUACUAGUGUUAUAUCUUCUACUAUAACAUAUUUUACAUAUAAUUCAAAUAAGUGCAUCUAUAUGUAAUAAACUUAGUAUAUUAUAUUUCACAAUAACUUUAUCUUCAUCUCCAUUAGUAUAAACAUACGGAAACUAUAUAAUGUUUAAUCAAAAUUUUAAUAAAAUUUACAAAUAAAAUAUUUUUAUAAUCUUUAGGUCAGUUCUAUUCUACGAUGACCCGUGCUAAUCGAAGAAUCUUUUUCUUCUUUCCGUUAGUAAGAUUUAUGUGUGUUUUGUUGUCUUUCCUUUUUAGUCUAAUGAAUAUAUUUUUAUUUUUUGGUUUGUUGUCGUUAUGUUGUCAUUUAGUUAUUUUCUUUUAAUUCAUUAUAAAUGUUAUAAAUUCUGUUAAAAUUCAAAAUUUAAUAUAAAAUUUAAUAUUUAAUAAAAAUUAGUAUAAAAUUUACUAGUGUUAUAUCUUCUACUAUAACAUAUAUUUCAAAUAAGUACAUCUACAUGCAAUAAACUUAGUACAUUAUAUUUCACAAUAAUCUUCAUCUCCAUUAGUAUAAACACAUGGAAAAUAUAUAAUGUUUCAGAUGACUUAAUUUCUAGCAUUUCUUUGUUUUCUUGUUUCGCAUACAAUAUAAUAUUAUAUUUUUAAUCAAUAUUCUGAUAGAUUUAAACAAAAGAAAAUAUAAACCAUCAUAUCAUUAGAUAGCAUAUUGGAUUAAUUUUCUACAAUUGAUUACAUGUAAUCUAGUCAGUGGAGUGUUUGGAUAUUAUUCAAUAUUUCUUUCCUAAAUCAAACAAAAGUCUUUGGAUGCAGAUACUUUAUUACUAAAAUAACGUAUGCGCAUUUAAUAAAACUUAUUAGUCAAACAUAAAAUAUUUACUUUCUUUUGGCAGUAUCUUCAUUUAUUAUACAACUAAUUAAACUUUCGGUAUAGGAUACCUUAGGAAUUUCACUUUUAACUUUUAAGAAAUACACUUGCCUUAAACCAAAACAUAACCAUGUAAUGACAACAAAGCAUACCACUAUUCAAACAGUAUGCUUAAAGAAGUAAAAUAAUGUCUAGUCUUUGACUAUACCAUCGUUUGUCUUCUACUGGUAUACCACUAUUCAAACAGAGUAACCGUUACAUUAAUCAACUUGCAACUUUCUUCAUGGACUAACGUCCUCACAGAUUCUCAGAUUCUUCCUUUAUAACACUAGGGCUCCCAUCAAUCUUAUCAUCAUCAUCUCUCUGUUUUCUAUCUCUCUCUCUCUCUAGAUUACUUAAGAUGGAUUUUCGAGCUCAAUUACUUGGUGAUCACCCCCGCCCCCGGUGGGCCAGUUCGACGUCUGAUGAUGAAUUAAAAUUUUCAUACGCGGCUAUGGUUUUCUUGGGCUGGAUAAAUGUGGCGAUGUAUAUGCUCGCGCCUGUUUUGCGCCCAACAAAUGUCUGGAUUGGACCUAACGCUUCCAUGCUUGUUGAACCAAACUCCAUCUUUAUCAAAAGCGUUAAGGUGGAAAAUGUGUAUGGUUCUGAACCUGGUCUUCAGCUGUUUGGGUUCUAUGCAUCUCCUCCUGUUGCUGUAAUGAAUUGGUCUGAAUCUCGUUUGGUGUCUGUCUCACAUAGAUCUUACGGGGGAUGCCCUUACUAUUUGAACGAAGGAGCCUCGUUGAAUAUUUCAUAUAAUGUUAAACCUGAAGGCUGUUCAGUUCGGCUUGUGGUCGAUAAAGUAAUGGCCACUCGCUGGUUGUGGGAGGAACCUCCAAUUGAUCUGACCGCUCUCACACUGAAUCUGAUUCAGGGGAGUGGUGUGAUUCAACUGAACAUAAGUAAAACUGAAAGUUAUCAACUUAAUGUGGCUAACCCCAACUUGAAGGACGUAGAGGUGGAACUGGAUAUUGAUGUGAAGGCUGUCGUGUAUGAUACUAAGGAACCAUCAUUCUACAAGUGUAACUUCAGCAACAGCGCGUGCACAUUUAAUACAAUGCCUUUUGUUGGAACUUCUAUUGUUUUAACUUCACCAGCACAUCGACAGAGAGUAUUAUCUGGAGACCAAGAAUGGUUCAUCAGAAUUUCCUAUCAAGCUAGAUGCACUUCAUAUGCCAUCGUCACAGGUCUCGUGAUUUGCUUCAUUUUGCUAUCUAUAAAACUAAAUAACUGGUUACAGCAUCAUGGGGAAGAGAGAUAUGUAAUGGAUGAUGAUUCAUCGAUUAUAAGUCUACUUGUAAACAAAGAUGACGAUGUAUGAAUCAAUGUAUGAUGAAAUUAUAAAGCUUUAUAAUAAUAAAAGAUAUAAUUAAAAUAUUAACAAAUCUCAAUUUUUUUCUGUAUUAUUAUUUUUUGUUUCUUGACCAACACAAUUGUGAUAAGACCUCUUUGUUUAACCCAUUACAGGAUGAGUAUUAUAUUGAAUGUCAUCUUUCAAAAAUGUAACGAAACCUCUAAAUUAGUCCCUAGUUUUAUGGUGAUUUUUUUUUUUUUGGAACAUAAUUUUUUUUAUCAAACAUCAAAUUUUGUAA